AUGGGCGACCAUAAGCAUAAGAAAGAAAAGAAGCCUUCUUCAAAAAAGAGAGAGCAUAAGGAAUCUCGCAGCGAACGGGAUCAUAAGAAGCAUAAAAAGAUCAGCAGUAGACAUAAGGAAGAGACUGAGAUCGAUUACUCUGAUCCCUCACUAUGGGUUGAAGCAGGUGGAGGAGCUGAAGAAAUCACACCUGCAGAACACCUUCGAAAUAUCCAGCAGGCAACCGAAGCUCGAAACCAACCAGUAGAUACAAACGAAUUGUCAUUACCUCAAGAACAAGAAGCUAGACAUGGUUGGAUGUUAGGAGGUGGUUUUGAUUUUGGUAGUAUGGGUACUGCACGUGUACGAGAGGAAGAUAAGCCAAAGCCUAACCCAGAUGAGUUUAAAGUAAGCGAACGAGAAUUGAACCAACAUUUGGUCAAAGGCCUCAAAGCCGAUCAAUACCCUGAAGAAAAGAAACCAACAAUCAAGUUUGGUGAUGCAGGAUCCAACUGGCGUAUGAUGAAGCUAAAGCGUACUAUGGAACAAGCAAAAGACGAAGCAAGAUCACUACAAGAAGUUGGUAUAGAGAAAUAUGGUUCUGCUGAAAGGUUUCAGGAAGCAUUAGAUGAAAGAGAGUAUCUAGAUAAUAAAAAAGCAGGCAGAAGUCAUAGAAGGGGCGAAGAAAAGCCAACACGUCGAUAUGUCUUUAAUGAUACAGAAACUCAAAAGAAAUCUUUUAGACGCCCCGAUCCGCCUGCAGCUCGUCCUCGUAGCCCUCCUCCAUCGAUACCUCUACCACAAGCAACAGUAACACCAGUAUCAUCCAUUCCUGCGACACCUAUGCUUUCAACGCCACCUGCUUCUACUGCAUUGACACGCGACCAACUCAACAAGUUAAACGCCAAACUUGUCAAAGCCAAACUCAUGGGUGCAAAUAAUGUUGAAGAGCUUGAACGCGAAUACCAAGCAGAACUAGACCGUUUUGAACAAACCGAAAAUUCAAAUAUUACUGUUCUUCCAACAUUUGACAAUGAAGGUCGUAUUUAUGACUAUGCUUUAAAUGCAGGUAAUCAAGGACGUGAAGGUCUAAAGGGCAAAAAACGAUUUGAAGGCACACACGAUAAAGUGACAGGAGAACGUCUACGCUAUGGAACAUCUGAUGAUACAUUGACAUUGGCGGAAAUGAUACGACAAGAAAAAGGAGGUAGCCGAACUACCUCUGAUAUGGAUUUGGAAUUUGCUAAACGUAUUGUUGCUGAUCAAGCAUUUGAGAGUAACUUGGACUAUAUGGAUGAAAAGGCUGAUGUAAUGGCCUCUAAAAAGGGAAUGUCAGAAGAACAGAAGAUGAGACGUGCAGUAUCAGAUUACAAGCGUACUCAAGAUGUACUGGGAAAGUGCAAGUUUUGUUAUCAUGAUAAUAGGCCUCCCCAAAUGUGUAUGAUUUCGCUUGCAACGACAUGCUACCUAGCCUUACCAGGUGUACAUGAGAUCACUCCCGGAAACUGCUUAAUUGUGCCUCUCCAGCAUGUCUCUUCUAUGCUAGAAUGCGACGAUGAUGUUUGGACAGAAGUGAGAAACUUUCAAAAAUGUUUAAUGAAAAUGUUCCAUGCACAAAACAAAGGCUGUAUAUUUAUGGAAACAGUAGUCAAUCUUCGUUCACAGCGUCAUACUGCUAUUGAGGUGAUACCAGUGCCAUACGGAGUCUAUGAAGAUGCACCUGCUUACUUUAAAGAAGGCAUUAUGGGAUCUGAUGAAGAAUGGUCGCAGCACAAAAAGUUGAUUGAUACUUCUAGCAAAGGCUUUCGUUAUUCUAUGGUAAAAAACUUGCCUUAUUUUCAUGUUUGGUUUGGUCUCGACAAAGGUUAUGGUCAUGUUAUUGAAAAUGCUCAAAGAUUUCCCUAUUGGUUUGGCAAAGAAAUUGUAGCAGGCAUGAUGGAUAUUGGGCCUGAAUUAUGGCGUAGACCUAAACAUCAUUAUAUUGAAGACAAUCCAGCAAGACAAGAAGCCUUCAUGAAGGAUUGGCAAAAAUGGGAUUGGACAGUCGCCUUGAAAUAAAUCUUGGAAUACUAGAUACUGUUUUCUGCAAUACUUGAAAAUACAACAGAAGUUAUACCUGUUUCUUUUGAGCAUUGUUUUUAAUCCAAUAUAAGAUAUUAUAGUUGACUUUUUCCGAGAG